AUGGACCCCGCGAAAUUGGCAAAAUUGCAAGCCGCCGCUGCGGCGAACAGGAUCGGUGGAAAGGGAACUGUGCGCCGAAAAAUUGUGCGGAAAACUAAGCCUUCCGCUGCCCAAGACGACAAAAAGCUCCAGGGCGCCCUCAAAAAGCUGAAUGUGCAACCCAUCCCAGGCGUUGAGGAAGUGAACAUGUUCAGAGAAGAUGGAAAUGUCCUCCAUUUCACAGCACCAAAAGUACACGCUGCUGUCACUGCCAACACCUUCGCCAUCUAUGGCACUGGACACGUGAAGGAGCUCACGGAACUUGUCCCUGGAAUUCUCAACCAACUUGGUCCUGAUUCAUUGGCAUCCCUCCGCAAACUCGCCGAGUCUUACCAGGCUAUCCAACAAGGCCAACAGAGGCAACAAGCAGGAGCUGCUGAGGAUGAUGAUGAUGAUGACGUCCCCGACCUUGUUGAGAAUUUUGACGUCGAAGCUGAUGCCAAAGCCAGCCUCGAUUGA